GUUGAGUGAUAAUCGCAUAAGCUGAUUCAAUUGAACGUCUUAGUAAAAAUCUGGUGUGUUUUUUUUUGGAAAAUUGUGUUUAUAACAAAUAACACCAUGCCAUCUAACAAUAUAGAUGAAAGUAAGCAUUAUCAAUAUGGAAUAAAAUCAACUUUAGCUCAGUGUUGGGCAAUAUCAGGAGCUUGGUUCUUACAAAUAGAACUCGGUGCUCAAGUCAUGAUCUCCACUAUAGUUAUUGGGGCCUUAGAGAAUAACGCAUCCAAAGACUCAAACGAAUUUUUGAGAAUGACAAGUGAAGAAGCAUCUUGGUUCGCUAGUUUGUUAUAUUUGUUCACACCUGUGGGUAAUAUUCUAUCUUUGUUUUUACUGGACCGAUUUGGCCACAAGAAGUGUAUGAUAAUGACAAACAUACCGGGCAUAGUAGCUCAGAUGAUGUUGUACUUUGCCGAAAACAUAGAUAUGCUGUACGUCAGCUCAAUCCUGAUGGCGUUGAAUUUAGGGUUUUCGAACGCUCCGAGUCUUGCGUACGCCGGUGAAGUAUGCGAACCAAAACUAAGAGGCGCGUUGAUUUCGGCCCUAAACAUAUUUUAUUAUGGUGGAUCCAUAAUAUUGACUAUGGUGUACAGUAUUACCAUGCAAUGGAGAUUGACAGUGCUAUUGACCACGGUGUUUCCAAUUUUGACUAUUGCUUUAUCAUUAACGACGCCAGAUUCUCCGGUGUGGUUAUUGGCCAAGGGAAAACAUUCAAAAGCUCACCGAAACCUUAGCAGAUUGAGGGGAAAAGUUUCGUACGAAAAAUGUGAAAAUGAAUUUCAAGAAAUGGUCAGAUACAAUUCGCCCUCCAAAAAUGACGAUCCGAAUCGUAAAGAAGAUAUAGGUAUUUGGAAACAUAUGUUUGAGCCCGAAGUCAUGAAACCUUUUCGUUUGAUGAUGAUAUAUUUCUUUUUCAUGAAUUUAGUGUCUGGAUUGCCAUUAUUACCAUAUUUAGUUUCAAUACUUCAUAAAUUUGAAGCGCCAGUUAACGUUGAAUGGACAAUAUCAUUCUCUAUGGCUCUUUCUGUAGUAGGGAGUUUAAUGGCGGUUUUUUUAAUACGUAAAUUAGGCAAACGAUUUCUCACGUUAUUUACGUUAUCGAUUUGUUCUAUUUUAUAUAUAACAAUUGGGCUGAUCGGUGUUUAUUGGAAAAAUGCAGAACCAAUAACCUCUUGGAUAGUACUAGUACUUUUUCUUACUACCAUUUUUAUUUCAUCAGUUGGAAUAACGCCAAUCUCGUGGACCCUUGUAACAGAAAUUUUUCCAGCAAAGAGUAGAAAUAUUUUGUGCAGUAUUAGUACGUGUUUAUGUUUUAUCAUAACCUUUUUCAUGACAAAAUAUUACCCGGAUUUGUCAUUAUUAUUGGAAUUUUAUAAUGUAUUUACUACAAUUGGUAUUGUUGGUUUAUUUGGCUGUGUAUAUUUUUAUUUUUGCUUACCAGAAACUGAAAACAAAACCUUACAAGAAAUUUCGGAGUUUUUCAAAUAAAAACAAACGCUCAAUCGUUUUAUUUUUUUUUUUAAUUCAAUACUGGUGAACUUUGUAUGUACAAAAUGUUUUUUAAUUAUAUUAAAAACUUACUGAUUUUCAUUACAUCAAAUCUCGAUGGAUUACGAGGACAGAAAAAAAUGUAGGUAUACAAAUAUAAUAUGGUAUACUGUAAUUUAUUGUAUGCACAUAGUACAUAAACAUAAAAUGAGAUUUAGAUACAUGCAUUAUUCAGAUAUUAUAUUAUGUUAACAAUGAUAAAGUUUAUAUUGAACGAAUAUCUUUGUAUGUAUAAAACAAAGUUUUUUUUUUUAUGUCUUGGAUAAUAUCGAAAAUUACCAAACGGGCUUAUUCAAUUUAAAAAGCACAUUAGAGAGAAAGUUGUAAGCAUAGUUUUAUGGAAAAAUGUAUAUAUCAAUGAUGCCAGAUAUGCCUAGUGAAAUAAAAUAUACUUUAGUUAGUUUUAUUAAUUAUAAUUCCCGAGCGAAGUCUGGUAGAUCGUAGAUGUAUAACUACUAUAAUAACGUUUGUGUUUAUUUUUUGAUA